AUGACAGAAGAAUACCCCCAGACCUCACUCCCCUUUCCCAAACAAGAGACGGCGGUCAUCCUCCCAGAGCCUUCAGAAUUCAAAGAACUCCACACGCAGCGUCUCGUUCUGCGACUCUUCCGGCCCGACAACGACGAAGAUGCAGCACAGCUCUUCCGUACUCGAGGUCGACAGGAUGUUAUGGAUUGGCUGAGAUCGAAAGUCCCGGACAGCAGCCCAAGUGACACCAAAAAAUGGAUGCAUAAGAAGGUCUUCCAAACGCCAGACGGCUCGGGCGCUGUCGGGAAUCGGCAUUUCUAUUUCCUGGUUUUCAGGAAAGACAGUCUAGAUCCGACCCUCAGAGAAGAGAGCAUUGGUGCUGUUGGUAUUGGCUCAAUAGAUCCUGCGCCCGCACUGGGAUACAUGUUUCAUCCUGACGCCUGGGGGAAAGGGUAUGCAACGGAGGCUGCGCGGGCUGUAGUCGAGGCGUGGUGGGAGUUGCCUCGUGCCUGGGAUCUCAGUGAGAGGCUCUUUUCAGCGGUCAAGUGUGCGAAUUUGGGGAGCUUGAGAGUCCUUGAGAAGGUGGGAUUUGAGGUGUACGAGUAUGGACGUGUCUCGGAGAAACUGGCUUUUAUGUCUAUGGGAAGACCUCAGUGA